AUGAGAAGCGUCAGCCCUCUCUUUUACGAGGUGAUCGAGUGGCUAGUCGGAAGAAAGCUUGCUGGUGUCAUCAAGUUCGCGUCCCGCCACGCCCUGCGCAGAGUGUUUGACAAGGAGCAGACCAAGGAAAUCAAGUCCAUCGCCAGCGUCGCCAAGAUCAGAACUUACUUGCUCAUAUCCCUUAAUCACUUCUUGGACCUGAUGCUGGGUUGCACUUCGGGAGCAGCCCUGGUGCGACCCGAGCCCGGCGACCGGGACGGCCAAGAUACCAAGGACCGCCUGGUGUAUUUCCGUAUCCUGGAGUGGGAGCUUCUUGUCAUUGUGGAGUUUGUCGACAGCAGCAAAGGAGACACUGACGAGGUGGUUGCAAGACCAGUUUCGUACGCCGGCUUUGUUGGCUGCCUCACGGGUGUCCGCGAGGAAUUGUCGGUAUCUCUCAAUUUCCGACCAACUCAUGAUUGCACUACCACAUCGUUGAGAAAGCAUCAAUUGUCGGUCCUUCUUGGCCGCCGCGAGGCAGUCCCAUCUCUUCUCCGACGCAUACUGCUGAACCACGACAUCCCUAGCAACAGCCUCGAGGUUCCCGUCGACAUUGGUCCUCCUAUCAACAAGUCUGAACAAUGUCCGCUUUCCAUCACAGGCGUAGCAAAGAAGUUCAUUUCGAUGCCGACAUCCCCCUGCUAUAUCACACUAUGCGACGGAUUCAAGGUCGUCAGUGUCCUUAAAGACCUUUACAUAGGAAAGGCUAAAACGAGCAGCCUCUUUCAGGUUCAGUGUAACCACGACCCGGACCACGGGACCUGCUGUGGUCACAAGGCAAACAACAGCCCCUCCGAAGCUACUCAAGCCAUGAUGAUUGGUGAGGACGUCUGGCUGGGUGAGUCCGAGGAUCAUCAACGAGUGCUCGAGGAGAAGUGGCUUCAGUAUGUGGCAGCAGUCGCCAAAGAAGCUGGGGAAGAACUACAACCUCGGCGCAAUAGCCGCUGUCUUGAUGCGGACACUCGAGCAGACCUUGGUAGAGACAUCGAGGUUCGUGGCGUGGACGAAGCCAUGCUUCAGCAAUGGAUUAAUACGUAUCCGACAACCAACGAGUGUACGCACUUUGUCUGCAUCAUGGACCCGGCGGCUGGCACCAUCCGUUGGAUAGCUCGUGGUCGGAAUUGAACGAUGGCUGAUGAAUGGAGGGAGGCGGCGUUGGGGCGAACCAACGACUCGAUGACUUCAAUGACAGACGAUAACCAAGAAAUACCCACUAAUGCGUAUAAUGGCAGUAAACAACGAAUAAUCACGACGGAAUGAUUGAGUUACGUUGGCGGUUUCGGUCACUGAUAAUCAUGUAUGGCCACUGAGAUUCCAUCUCGGUCAUGGUAGCUUUGCCCGGCUCCAAUCCUUGCUGCUGGGAGCCGUGAUGGGAAGCGUCCAAAGGAGCUCUCAGGUGCAAGGCCUGUGAUCCUUCGAUUUCCGAAGGAUUGCUAGCCGAGCUGUAUCUACGAACUCUAGGAUAUCAUCAGUUUCGGCUGCCAAUCCCACCCUUCCGAGCUUCCAUGCAUGAGCCUGCGCGCCCGAGU